AUGGCCAUCAUGAUGUCACCAAAUAUCUCAUCAGUCAAGGAGCUGAGGUCAGUAAGGGAUAUAAUGACGGUUGUACUGCAUUACACAUUGCUGCCUUCAAUGGUCAACUUGAAGUCACCAAAUAUCUCAUCAGUCAAGGAGCCAAGUGCUGCCUUCUAUGGUCAACUUGAAGUCACCAAAUCUCUCAUCAGUCAAGGAGCCAAGGCGAAUCGUGGAAAUAAUGACGGUAGGACUGCUUUACACCUUGCUGCCAAGAAUGGCCAUCAUGAUGUUACCACAUAUCUCAUCAGUCAAGGAGCUAAAGUCACCAAGGGUAAUAAUGACGGUUGGACUGCUUUACACCUAGCUGCCGAGAAUGGUCAUCUUGAUGUCACUAAAUAUCUCAUCAGCCAAGGGGCUGAGGUGAAUAAGGGAGAUAAUGACGGUAUUUCUCCAUUAUUAUUUGCUGCUUACAAUGGUCGUCUUGAUGUCACCAAAUAUCUCAUCAGUCAAGGAGCUGAGGUGAAUAAGGGUUGUAACAACGGUAGGACUCCUUUACACCAUGCUGUUCAGGAUGGUAACCUUGAAGUCGUUAAAGUCCUCCUGACAGGAGGAGCACGCUCUGACACUGGAGACAUUGACGGGCACACACCUCUACAGUUUGCUUUAUUCCACGGGUACCGAAGCAUCGUUGAUCUAUUGAUCAACCAUUCAAAUUGCAAGCUCAAACAGAAUGAUUUAACAGGUAUCCAUCUUGCCAUCCAAGACGGUCAUACCUCCACUAUUAAGAAGUUAGUUUCUGAGGGAGCUGAUCUCAAUGUCCAGUCAAGUGACGGCCAGACGUGUCUCCAUAGAGCCAUUAAACUCAGCUACAAGAGCGGCAGAAUUAUGCAUGACACGGAUACACUAAAAGAGAUCUCUGAUGAGUAUUACAAUGGCGAACUAUCUCCUGAGAAGGCCUUGGUGUUUUAUCUCCUGGAGAAUGGAGCCAAGUUAGAUGUGAGGGACAAGAAAGGCAACUUACCAAUCCACUAUGCCAAAGACGAAGUGGUCAAGCAGAUGAUUUUGUCGAGAUUACCUUCUUUGGAGGAGAUCCAGUCUUACCGAGCUGAACCAUCGACACCUGCCAUCGUCUCCGUUGAAGUCGUAAGGAAUACCAGUCAGGAAAUUGAACUAGAAGACCAUGGCGUAUCAAUGUUUAUUCCUCCUGGGGCUGUUCAUCAGAGUGACCCAUGCAAGAUCACUUUAACCCUCUUACAAGACACUCCUAGUGUUGACAUCAAAGAUGAUGAAUCAGUGGCCUGCUACGGGAUCAGAUGUGAUCCUCCAAACAUGAUCUUCCAUCAACCUGUUAAGAUCAAGAUACCACACUAUGCCUUGGUCAUGAACCCUGAUCAAGUGAAACCAAACAUCGUUUCCCGUGUAUUGUAUCCAGGCAUGGAUGUAACAAUAACAUCAAGAAAAAGAUCAUCCAGCUCACCACACGAACCACCAUACUGCAAAGUGUACAAGAGACAUCUUGAGCUGUACAUUGGAAAAUGUGCUGAGUGGUGGGUUCUUAUUCCUCUCGAACAACAGGUGAUCCAACACCAACUUAUAUGCACUCCAUACAUCCCAGACAACAUAGAGCGAGGACAAGAGUUUGAAGUUCACCUGCAGAUGCAUGCGGAUCUUCCUGGGAUGGAAACGGACAUACGAAAGGAGAAGCAGCAGCAGUCGUACCACAAGAGCCAUCGCUCCAUUCCCUUCAGUGUUGAGUCUAAGUCUGGUGACGUUACAGUGACGUGUCAUCGUGAGGGCGACCAAGUUGAUAGCAAGGUUCUCUCUUUGAGGGAUGUUUGUGGCAAGAUGAGACACAACAUAUUGUUGUCCGUGACUCCUACUGAUGAUGAUGUCAAAUUCACAGUGAUAACCAUUACAAUUACACAAGCUGGAAGACAAGAGGUGUCUCAAUCACUUGAUUUUAUCAUCAGACAAACGGAUGGACAGGAAUACCUUUCUCCUUCUGAGCCCCUUUCAUUUGUUGGUGCUGUGGAAGAAGUCUUGAAAAGUGACCUGUCGGACAUUGAUGUCCUUACAAUAGCCCAAACAAUGACAGUAGACCAGUUCUAUGAUUUGGGAGUAGCUCUUGGUUUCACCAUACAACAACUGGAUGUCAUAGAAUACAGGAGGUUCCGUGACAGAGAGCAGGCCAUCUAUGACAUGUUGGUGACAUGGAGAGAGAGACAACCGUCCGGCCAAGCAGCAAAGGAAACCUUCCUCUCACUCAUGGAAUCUUUAGAUCCACCAGCAGAAGGAAUCGCCAUAACAGACAUUGGACUCACUGGAGAAAUUCCUGACAGGACACUGCUCGCGUUCGCCCGUCAGAUCAGACCGGAAAAGUUCUUUGAGAUUGGCGAGAAGCUGGGAUUCAACACGUCAGAGUUACAACACAUUGAACAUCGGAUACUAUACAACAGGAAAAAUGCUAACAUCCAAAUGCUCUCAAGUUGGAAAGCAUCUCAGACUUCAGGGCCCGAAGCAAAGCAGACACUGAAGCUGGUUUGGGAGUCUGUGCAGGACGUUUCGAAAGCAGAGAAAACCAAGGAUAGUGGAAAGGGCAUUGCUCUCUUGAAUACGAAAACUGCUGGCACAUUUCAAGCUUUAGCUGAGGAAUCAGAUCAAGGAACUGCGGAGGCCGAGAAGAACGAUUAUGACAAUCUUCCGGAAGAGGCGCAAAGUGAUGGAACAGACAGUGUAGAGCCAAUAGACUACGCCUUAGGACUAGAUUUCCUCGAAGCAGCGCAUGAGCAAGGGCCCUCAGGAGGACAGACCAUGACACAGGAGCCUACAGCAACCACUAACCAACCUCUUCUAGAUGACAAGUCCUCCAAGAACCAAGGCAAUUUGGCCAGUGGAGUGAUGCUGAUACGUCAGUCACACCAAGGAGACCGACACCAGACCGACGACAAACCAAACUAA